AACAUGAUUCGUGCAUGCUAUCGUCUCUUAAAGUCAGUAGAAGAAGAGGAGGUAGACUCGUGCACGGCGUGCUUCUCCUCUUCCUCCUACUCCUCCUCUUCAUCCUCCUCCUUUCUUCUCCUCCUUCUCCUCUCAUAGCUCGUUCCUUUUCCGUGCUAUCUCGUCCUCCCAGUACCUAUCAGACAGUCACGCGGUCACGAAGCAACCGUGAACUCGCUUCGCUCGUAAAAGACUCCCAGAGAGUCACGGUACAUAACGCGCUUCCGCUUGGUCUUCGUCUCUUUACACAGAGAUUCAUAUAUUUUUUUCCUUUUUUUUUCUUUUUUUUUCUUUUUGUUUUUAUUUUUAUCCUUUUGUCCCCGCCCUUUCCCCGUUUUUUUUUCUUUUCGUUUGUUUCCUAUCUUCUUUUUUUUCUUCCUUUUUUAUUUUUCUCCUUUUUUCUUUUUUUAUUCGUUCCUCUCGUUGCAGACCUCCUUCUCUCUACUGCGUUUGAAUCACGAAUGAUAUGCACAGAUGACCGGUGGUGGGACCAAUAUGGCGUAUCAUGGUCUAAGUCAACACGUAAACUUCGAUGUAAUACCAGAUCCAGGAGAUCGUUUCAUUUUGGAGGAGCUUAUAGGGGAAGGCACUUACGGGGAAGUAUAUUCCGCUUACGAUAAGGAAACUGACAACAAAGUAGCGAUCAAGAUUCUUGAAAAUGUAGCUGAUAAUAUAGAAGAGAUCGAGGAGGAAUAUCUUGUAUUAAGAGAUCUAAGCUCCCAUCCUAAUAUACCAAUAUUUUAUGGAUUAUAUUUGAAAAGAGCAAAACCUGCACAGGAUGAGGAUCAACUAUGGUUCGUAAUGGAGUUAUGCACAGGAGGCUCAGUGACCGAUCUUGUCCAGGGUUUAAAAAAACGUGCUACCCGUCUAACGGAUAGGCAAAUAGCGUAUAUACUUCGAGAAACUGUCGAAGCAUUGAUUUAUCUUCAUGGUAAUCACUGUAUGCACCGAGAUGUCAAAGGUCAUAAUAUUUUAUUAACGGAAGAAGCACGAGUUAAACUGGUAGACUUCGGGGUUUCUUCUCAUCUAGCUGAGACCUUGGCGAGGAAAAAUACUUCUGUUGGUACGCCAUACUGGAUGGCACCCGAGGUAAUAGCUUGUGAACAACAAUUGGAUUCUUCUUACGAUUCACGAUGCGACGUUUGGUCGGUUGGAAUAACAGCAAUUGAAUUGGCCGAGGGUGAUCCACCCCUGUCCGAACUUCAUCCCAUGAGAGCGCUCUUUCAAAUACCUAGAAAUCCACCCCCAUCGUUGAAAAAUCCUGACAUACAUAAUCCAGAAGUUUUGGACUUCAUUGCCGAAUGUCUCGUCAAGGAUUUAGAACAUCGACCGUUUGUUAGCGAACUCAAAGAGCAUCCGUUGUUGAUGGACAUCGAAUCUCAGAUAGAGGAAAUCAGGGAAGAACUUUCUAAGGAAAUUCGUAGACAAAGAACCGAUGGUAGAGUUCAAAGACAGCCGGAAGUAACGACCAAACACGGUAAACUUAAAACCGAUCGUAAAGCCAGACCAGAAAAAAUGUAUAUGGACGAUUUGGCCGCUCUUGAUAUGUUAUCGGAGGAUGCAAUCGUUGAUCAAUUACAGCAUCGUUACGAACAGGGCCAGAUUUAUACUUACAUCGGUGAUAUACUGGUUGCCGUUAAUCCAUUUACCAAUUUGGGCCUUUACACUGGAAUCGAACAAAGAAGAUAUAAAGGUCAAGCCAGGUCAGAUAAUCCGCCACACAUUUUUGCGGUCGCUGAUGCAGCCUAUCAAGCGCUUCUCCAUCAACGUCAAAAUCAGGCGAUCGUGAUCAGCGGUGAAUCAGGGGCAGGAAAAACAGAGAGUGCGAAUUUGUUGUUGAAACAAUUGGUAUAUCUUAGCAAAGCACCGAAUCGUAAUUUGGAAGAAAGAAUUCUACAAAUAAAUCCGAUAAUGGAAGCCUUUGGAAACGCCACGACUGGUAUUAACGCUAACUCAUCGAGAUUUGGAAAGUAUUUGGAUCUGACAAUGACCAAAGGUGGCAAGGUCACUGGAGCAAGAAUUUCUGUUUAUCUUUUGGAACAAUCUCGUGUGGUAGCACAGGCUGAGGGCGAACGAAAUUUUCAUGUAUUUUAUUACAUGUACGAUGGUUUAGCGGCUGACAAUCGUUUAGCCGAGUUUCAUUUGGAUAGUAGCCUUCGGGAACAUCAUCGAUAUCUUACAGAUCGUAGUCAUAAUUCUCCAAAUUACGUGGAUAAGUUUCAACAACUGAAAGUUGGCUUCAAAGUAUUAGGCUUUCGGGAUAGCGAAGUGGAUACUGUUUAUGGAGUAUUGGCAGCUAUACUUCAUUUAGGUGAUAUCGAGUUUGCUGAAGUUCCUAGUGAGGAUAAUACGGAUAAUAAAAGUAGAGUCAUAGAUACUGCUCCUCUCGAUAGAGUUUCGAAAUUGUUGGGUGUCGAACCAAACGAUUUAUUGGAGGCAUUAACAUCAAACUCGGUCAUGACGAGAGGUGAAACGAUCACAAGAAAUAAUACCGUAACCGAAGCUUGUGCCGCUCGUGAUGCCAUGGCUAAAGGACUUUACGGAAGACUCUUUGAUUGGAUGGUCAAUCAAAUAAAUUGCCUGUUGUGCUUCAAUCGUUCACCCAAUUACGAGCCAUUGGCUAUUGGCUUGUUGGAUAUAUUUGGCUUCGAGAAUUUCCCACGGAAUUCAUUCGAACAACUUUGCAUAAAUAUAGCGAACGAACAGAUUCAGUAUUAUUUCAAUCAGCAUAUAUUUACUUGGGAACAACAGGAAUACAUGGCCGAGGGUAUACCGGUUGAUCUCGUUGAGUUUUCAGAUAAUCGACCAGUUCUAGAUAUGCUAUUGAGCAAACCAAUGGGGUUGUUGGCACUUUUGGACGAAGAAAGUCGUUUUCCUCGGGCGACCAAUAGAUCAUUGAUUGAGAAAUUUCACAACAACAUAAAGUCGAAGUUUUACGUAAGACCAAAAUCCGAUGCUGUUUGUUUCGCGGUUCAUCAUUUCGCUGGACGUGUAGUUUACCAAGCUGAAGGAUUUCUGGAGAAGAAUAGAAACUUCCUGCCUCCUGAGGUAAUACAAUUGGUACGGCAAUCUCAAUUCGACAUGGUCCGCUUCUUGUUCCAGUGUCCGAUCACCAAAACCGGUAACCUCUACUCAGCCGUCCAUGAAACUGACUCGAGAAAGUUGUCGCAAUCUAUUCAAAAUACAAAGGAACGUUACUCCAGUCGUGGCUUAGCAUCACAAUCAAGAGCUCAGCAAACAGUGGCAACAUACUUCCGUUAUUCCUUGAUGGAUCUUUUACAAAAAAUGGUUUCGGGUUCUCCGCAAUUCGUCAGAUGUAUCAAACCGAACGAUUCAAGAAGCCCACGUUUCUUCGACAAGGAAAAAGUUGUAAAACAAUUGAGAUACACUGGAGUAUUGGAGACCAUUCGAAUAAGACAAAAUGGCUUUUCUCAUAGAAUACCUUUCAAUGAGUUUCUAAAGAGAUACUGUUUCCUUGCGUUUGGUUAUGACGAACGAGUGGUAGCCAAUCGUGACAAUUGUCGAUUACUUUUGAUACGUUUGAAGAUGGACGGUUGGGCAUUGGGAAAGACAAAAGUAUUUUUAAAAUAUUAUCAUGUCGAAUUCUUGUCAAAAAUGUACGAGGAACAAUUGAAGAAGAUCAUAAUGGUACAAGCUUGCGUUCGUAGAUGGUUAGCAAAAAUUCGCUUUAACAAACAAAAGUGGCAAUUUGCAAUUUCUGUCGUUACACUUCAACGGCAUAUCAGAGGUUGGUUAACACGUAAACACUUUGAAAAGGAAAUGUUGAGGAAACGUGCCGAAGAAGAGGCUACCGUAUUGAAGAAGGUUCAAAAUGAGGAAACAUUGGUACUGCGAAGAGAAUCAAGAAUAGAAAUUAUAAGAAACGAUGAUGAUAAUGAAAUAUCUCAGACAGAAAACUCCAAAGAGAACGACGCUGCUGUUGUUAUACAGAGUCACUUCAGAGGUUAUUCUGUUCGCAAACGUUUUGGCGUGGAAUCAGAGGAACAUUUCAAGAAUAUCUUGAAUAAUUGUGAUAAUCAAGAAGACGCCAUACGUGCAUUGAUCACCGAGGGCAUUAAGGAGGAGGACGCUAAGUUCAUCGUACAGAGAUGGUACAAAAAAGAGGAAAGAGUACACAAAUCACCGGCUAUGAAGGAUCCUAUUCAUCCUAAAUUGAGACAAGCUGAUCUAAUUCAAUUUUCUCAAAACGUUCACAUGAAGAAUCAAGAUAUUCAUAAGAAUCUUCGACGGAACAAACCAGGUGUCCGAUUAAACGAUAUCGAGGAACCACCAACUGAUUAUGCUCGUCCCGAUGGAUUUAAAAUGGUCCAACCGAUUUUGCGAUAUCGAAGAGGUUCUCAACCAGAAAACGAGGAGACCGUCAAAUAUUAUCGGGAUUUAAAAGAAGAAAUGAGCAGUGGUUCGGACUUCGAAGAAGACGAAGUUGGCUGGGACUUACCGUUGAUACAGCUAGAAAAUGACCUUCAUCCUUCAGCGAGGAGUCGAACGGGUCAGAUUCUGGAAGUGAGUGCCGAGAGGAUGGAUCGUCUGGCAGCUCAGGGCGACUUUGUGGUAGCACCGGAACAGCAUCUCUCCGAAAUUUGGCACAAAGCAUUGAGAAAUCCGGAUGGAUCAGAAAGAAAAGACAAUGCGGAAAAAUCCAUAAGUACAAGGACUAAUGACCUGCAUGGCAAGAACAUGCGGCUUAGAGGAUGCAAUCCGUACGGUAGAUCGUUUGCAGUCGACUCUCCGCGUUUCAACGAUCGAAAUGGCGUACAAACACGAGCGGCCGAUAAAUAUGGUGAUGCAAAUCACAAACGAGAGAAUUUCAUAAAUGGGUAUGGGAAUGAGUUGAAUUGGCGGAGUAUCGCGAACAACGGAAGGAUCGAUCAAAGGAAGGGUUUGAAUGGAUUGAAGAUUACGAAUGGUUUGAAGAAUAAUAUAAACGACAGGCAAAUAUUGUAUCGUGCCAAUGACAUGAAACAGAACGGUUACAUUGGAAGAAAUAAUCGGGAGAAGGAGGGAAAUAAUAAUAAUAAUAAUAAUAAUAAUAAUAAUAAUAAUAAUAAUAAUAAUAAUAAUAAUAAUAAUAAUAUUAAUAUUAACAACAAUAAUAAAAAUCAUAAAAAUAUUAAUAAUAUAAAUAAGAACAACAAUCAGGUGAAAAAUGGUUUGGAUCGUUUCGUUGUUAAUCAGAACGCCAUACUUUUACGAAAAGAUCUUUGGAAGAAUGGAUUCGGUGUUCCAAUCGACGUGAGACAUUUGUUAAGACCGACCGUCGUAGAAAAGCGACAAGAGAAUCGUCGAGUCGAAUACGAUGCGGAGGACAUUAAUGGACCAUACAAUUUCAGACAGCUAUUAAGACCGGCCGAGUAUCUUCCAACCGAAUCGCUUAGAAAGAGAAAAGGUGGAAUGGCCUGUUGUAACAAUGCUGCUGUUAUCAGUAAGGAUAAAAUACCGGAUAAGCACGUUAAGAGAAAAACUCCUUUAACACCCGAUCAGAACAAAAUUGUUAUCAAUGUUAAAAAAUGAAUUGCGAAUGUUGAUAGAAAUUUGACGCAUACGAUCGGGAAUUUUUCUUUUUAUUUAUUUAUUUAUUAUUUUUUUUUUUUUUCGAAUCGAUCGAUGACGAUGACGUUCGAUCGACGAUUAUCACGAGAAUGUCCGUAUCAAUUUAGUUUUGAAAAGUAGAAACUUCCUAUCCGUUUUGAAAUAUCGUUGCGUUUAAAAAUAUCGUUGAAUCGUUACAGUAGAAAGAUAUUUUCGAAAUAACGUUAAGGAUGUUUAAGAUGUUUAACUUAGUUCGUUCAAAUUCUAAGACGGCAAGUGUUUCUUUUAACGAAUACGCGUUUCGUGCUAAAAAAAAAAAAAAAAAAAAAAGAAAAAUAAUUAAAUACCGUACGGGUUAACUACCGCUAUAAAAGAUAACAUAGAAAAAUCAAUAGAUUGAUUUAUUAUUAUUUGUCGGACGUGCGUAUUAAUAGUUAGAACGAAUGAAUUUUAGCACUAGUCAUGUUUUAGCUUUACAUUUUAUUAUUAUUAUUAUUAUUAUUAUUAUUAUUAUUAAUACUAUUACUACUAGUACUACUAUUACUACUACUAAUACUACUACAGCUUAGAUUUAGUCGUAUUUAAUAGAAUUACAUUUCGAUAUAAUAGUAAACGUUCGUAGAGCGCGAGAGCGUUGUCCCCUUCUUUCUUUUUUUGUUCGUUUUCUUUUCCUUCUUUUUCUUUUUUUUUCGUUUUCCAUGACAAGUUGGUCUUAUAAGAAGUAAAUAAAAAAAAAAAAAAAAAAAAAAAAUAAAAAUAAAAAAAAUAAAAAUAAAAAGAAAAAAAAGAAAAAAAAAUAAAUAAAAGAAAAAAAAAAGAAAAAGAAAAAAAGUAUAAAAGAAAAAAGAAAAUAGAAGUAAAAGAGGGAGGAAAAAAAAAUACAGACGAAUUAGGAAUCAGUUAAUGUUCUUUCGAGUUAAUUAUUAUUCCUAUGUCAUUUAUUCUUUCAAUCGAUAUAAGAGAAGGGAAUCAUUACGAGACGUAUUUUUUUUCUUUUCUUUUUUUUUUUCUUUUUUUUUCAUUUAAAAAUCAUUGUCAUUGAUCGAUGGCAAUUGUGAAAAUCACAUUUUUUAGAAAACAAUAAAGAUUUCUGUGUAAAAAUAUUAUACGAUAUAUUAGAA